AUGUUUGUUUUUAGGCGUAAAAAGGAAAGCCGUGAGCCACAUACUCAUGCCAAGUAUGCCCACAAACUCCAUGGCCUUAGGUAUGUUGAAGCGAAUUAGGUUUGUUUUCCUUAUAGUCAAUUCACCCAACAGUAUUCUGCCCGAACUUAAGAUGAUUAGCUUGGAGACAUACAACACUCCACGACACACAGGAAAGUGGACUGAAACCACACCAUUCACUUGAUCGAGACCAUGGUGGGAGCAGUGAGAGAAAUUGGUUCAAGGUGGAAUUCUGAAAUAAAUCCCACCAAAGAAGAGAUAACUGCAGAAUACCUUGCUGCAAAUAGAAGUUACUGUUAUACUAUCUUAUGCAAAUAAAAGAGGUUUCUGUGUUCCUGAUCGCACAAAAUGAACUGUUAUGGAUUAAUCAGUUUGCAUUAUGUACAGUCAGUUCCAAUACAUGUCUUCUCCAGUUUAGAUACAUGAAGGACAGGGAGAAAAGUCUAAGCUAAGCACAGCUACCUUAUUUUCAGAAAGUAGUGAUUUGAUAGCCUUUUUAACCUCCUUAUUUAUGUAGUAUUUAAUGGAAGUUGACUUGUUUAUAUUAUUAAAUUUUUCUGUACAGGGCGAAACUUUACAACAGAAAGCGCCGUCUAGAGAAAAUACAGAUGAAAAAGACGUAAGUUGUCCAGUUUAACAAGCUCAAUCUUUAUUUACCCAAUUAAGUCUGAAUUAAUUUUAAUUAACUAUUAAUUUAUUACUUUAAAUUUACAAUCAAAGAGAUCAGAGCUUGCAUGUUCUACAUGUACACGUAAAUCAUAGUACAGUCAAACCCUGUUAAUACCAGUCCUUCUGACAGGGUGCGGGUAAAAAAUAAAAAUUGUGCGCGAUUUUGGGGGCAAAUUGUGCGGGGAAAAACACCGAUUGUGCGGGAAUUGUGCGGGAUUGCGCAAUCUUUCGACCUACCAAAUAUUNCUUUAAAGGAAUAGAUAUCGAAUACACCACAAGAAACAAAGAACAACAUGUACAGCUAAAAUCGAUCGUAAACCAGUGACCUUCGGAAGUCUUCAAUCACGUGAUGCAAAUUUCCCGCCACAAGCAAGCGUCACGCUUACCGGAAAUCUCGAGGAAAUCGCCAUGGUGUCACGAAUACCCGACUAUUGACAUCUAUUAAAGCUCUUCAAGAUCGCUUGACACUUCUUAAUCGACAUAUAAUAGUUCGGAUAUGAUCGGUUCUUUUGUCAAAAAUGUCAGACUGCUGAUCAUUUAGUGUUUUGAAAACCUUGAUCGGUAGUCGAUCUCAAAAAGAUUCUAAGUGUCAUAAACCAUGGUUUUGUAUUCUGAGCCCAGCGUAAACCAAGCAUUAUACUUGAGAUCUACAAAGCUCUUCAGGAUCGCUUGGCGCUUCUUAAUCGACAUAUGAUAGUUUAGAUAUGAUUGGUUAAUUGCAUUCUUCAGAUUUAUCAAAAAUGUUGGAAUGCUGGUCAUUUGAAAACCUUGACCGCUGCCAGUCAUUUAGCCACAGCGUUUUGACAAACAAGUGAACAUGUCGAGAUCGAUAGAAAAUUUAUUUUAAUUUCGAAGUAGAGCCAUGUGGCGCAAUUUAUCAUAUACCGGUAAACAACUCUGAUUUAUUAUUUGUAAAACAAUUGCCACAAAUAGGAUAAGAAGAACCCCAGUAUCCCACGGAGCGCUGCAUGACGACACAAUACUCGAUGUGUACGUGACUAGUGCCCAGGACAGCGCGAGCUAUGGAAAGCGCCUUGUUGUUUUUAUAAGCGCCCGAGCUGUUCGAGGAAAAAGCUAUGGAUUUUUCGUUUGUUUUGGAAGGUAAAUAGCCUAAAAGUUUUCUAGAAAUCUUGGAAAUCAAUAGGAAUACCUGAUUUAAUUUAAAUUUUCAGGAAAUUUUUCAGUAUUGUGCGGGAUUUUGCCGAUUGUGCGUGAUUGUGCGGGUUAGACCGAAUUGUGCGGUCCCGCACCCGCGCACCCUGUCAGAAGGCCUGUAAUACGGAUACUAGAGACCAAAUUUGAUCUCAGGUUAAUUUUGAUUAAACCGAUGUUGAUUCGCAAUAAUAUUUCCUUUGUCUCCUUGCCCUACAUGUAGAAAACAAUGGAAAUUAAGAAUUAACCUAAAUGUAGAUUGAAAAAUUUUAACCUGAAAUAAAAUUUGAUUUGUAAUAUCGUCAUUGAGGGAGCUAUAGAGAGUGUCCAUAUAAUUUACGAGGUGUCUGCGUUAUCUGGUGAGUCGAGAAUAUACCUUUUAUUUGAACACAAUACCAAAAAAAAAAACGGAACAUUAGCAUCAUGAAAAUCAACACUUCUAGCCUUCACAAAGUUGUCAUUGCAUGGAAACACCCAAAAGUAGCUUAUUUGUACAUUACCUAAUCAAUAUUGUUUUCUGCAUACAGUAACUUCCUUUGAUGCCAAAGCACAUGUAGUCUGAAAAAUGACAUCUACAAUUCAUCCUAUCUGGUGUAUUGUAUCACUAAUAACAUCAACAUGCUGACACCUGAAGUUUUUACCUUCAGAAAGGAAAAGCUUAUUGCAGCGCACAAUUAACAAUUAAGUGUCUGCAUAAGCAAGGUUCACUUUCUAUGAGAAUCUGUUGAUUAGGCAAUAAAAAAGGGUCCAGUUUCAACAUUAAUGGGUGUCCAUAUUAAGGUGAUAUUUGGUUAAUUUCUCUCAGAGUCAGAUUUUUUCCUUCAACCUUUAAACCCUAAUACACAAUGUAUCAGAAUUCAGUUUCUGAUGUGUCACCCCAAUACAUUUCCUGCAGUACUCAAAGAACAUUUUUUUUAGUGGGGAAAAAAAUGAAAUAGAAGUAUCAAUAAAAUUUAUCUCUGUAGCCAUAUCCUCAUGAAAUUCAAUAUCACCAGUCUGUUUAUAAAACCUGGACAUAAUAAGGAGAAUUUUAGUGUUGAUUACUCUUGAAUUAAUCAGUGUUGCACCUUACUGUAAACUAACCUCCUUGUUCUUCAAUUCUGGCCUGUUAGAAUUAAUUUUGGCUGGUGAAAGUUUACAUGCACUCUACCACAAACUGCUAGUUGAUAGUAUUAGUACAUGUACAUGUAUAAACAACAACAACAACAAUCUAUUUAUUUAAAGAAAUAUAAAGCGGGUAUAGUAAUUUGGAAAGUUAGUUUUGAGUAUUGAGAAUACUAAGCUAACAUCAUCAUUAUCAUCUCAAUGUGCCACAGUCUAAGAAUGCAUGAAGAGCGCCAAACAAAAACAAAGGACAGCCAAAAUGUGCCAGAAGGAGCUGUGCCUGCAUAUUUGUUGGACCGAGAGGGACAGUCCCGGGCUAAAGUGCUCAGCAAUAUGGUUAAACAGAAGAGAAAAGAAAAAGCUGUAAGUACUGUACACUGUAUUUUAAAAAAACCAGUAACAAGUCAAGUUAAACAUGUGUUGCUUAGGCCUGGUUCAGAUGCCCCUCCACUCAUGUGCUGAACCUAACUAAAUAAGGUCCAACUUUGGAGCAACAAUGGCAUGGCAACUGAUCCAGAUGGCAUACCUUGUGUCAAUGCCAACCUUUAUUUCAUGUAUGGAGAAAGAGAAAGGCCUGGUUCUUCUUGCUUCUGUAGAUCUCUAUUUUUGCCAGUUUCAUUUGAAUCAUUUCGUUCAACCUUUUUGUGCUCUUCCAUGGAUAACUUCUCAGAAACCUGGCUCACAAUAAUUAUGCGACUGAACUGCCCACUCCAGCCCUAAACAGUUUCAUCAUUCUCAAAGACAGAACAAGGCAUACAAUAGUAUUCCUGGCAUCAUAAACUGUCUUAUUUUGUAUUCUUAAAGCAAGAAGAGCAAGAUUGUUCUUCUUUACCCACCAUUUCAGUGCUCAAANAUCAUCAUUAUCAUCUCAAUGUGCCACAGUCUAAGAAUGCAUGAAGAGCGCCAAACAAAAACAAAGGACAGCCAAAAUGUGCCAGAAGGAGCUGUGCCUGCAUAUUUGUUGGACCGAGAGGGACAGUCCCGGGCUAAAGUGCUCAGCAAUAUGGUUAAACAGAAGAGAAAAGAAAAAGCUGUAAGUACUGUACACUGUAUUUUAAAAAAACCAGUAACAAGUCAAGUUAAACAUGUGUUGCUUAGGCCUGGUUCAGAUGCCCCUCCACUCAUGUGCUGAACCUAACUAAAUAAGGUCCAACUUUGGAGCAACAAUGGCAUGGCAACUGAUCCAGAUGGCAUACCUUGUGUCAAUGCCAACCUUUAUUUCAUGUAUGGAGAAAGAGAAAGGCCUGGUUCUUCUUGCUUCUGUAGAUCUCUAUUUUUGCCAGUUUCAUUUGAAUCAUUUCGUUCAACCUUUUUGUGCUCUUCCAUGGAUAACUUCUCAGAAACCUGGCUCACAAUAAUUAUGCGACUGAACUGCCCACUCCAGCCCUAAACAGUUUCAUCAUUCUCAAAGACAGAACAAGGCAUACAAUAGUAUUCCUGGCAUCAUAAACUGUCUUAUUUUGUAUUCUUAAAGCAAGAAGAGCAAGAUUGUUCUUCUUUACCCACCAUUUCAGUGCUCAAAGCACAAUGCUUUUCAAAGUCACCUUUUGGUGACCUAAAAUUAUAAAAUGGUUGCCAGACAUAAAAUAUUGGUCACCAUUGAAAAAAACACGCAUGGUGUAAUUUUACAUGAUUGGUUAUACUGAAGACCACGUCGAUUACCAGUACUUCAUUUUUACGUGUUUCGCAUGAAGCUGUCUGAGUAUGUCUAUCCUCAAGUAGGCUGCUGAAGUAUAUUUUUGAAACAGUUUCUUUCCAUAGAAUAAAAUAGCAAUUCAUAUUUUUGCCAAGUUUCAGUAGCUUUUUCUGCAGCAAAUGGAUCUCUAGCAGCAAAAAGAACCUUCAAAUUAAUUUUCUCAAAACAUUGUCUACCUGGCACAUCAUUGUAAACUCCAUUGAAUGAUGAAAUAAAAGAAAGGCUGUACUUUUACUUUAAUGCAGUGCCUAUUACCGGUAAUUUGAGACACGUGUAAACCCAUUUAGUGCAGUACCCUGGCUGGCACGAAAUGUUUGUCUGAUCUUGAUGACAGCUACUAAAAAAACUCAAAUCUACAAUAAUGCAGUUUCCAGUGUUACUUAAAUAUUUGAGUAUGGUACAUGUACACUUACAUGUAGGAUGAAAGCUUGAAACUCUGAUAAUUUUACUUAAUUCACAAAGCCUGGAUGUUGCCUGUAAGAACAGACACAUUUUACCGACUUUGUUUUUCACCAGAGCACAUGCAAUGAAUACUUUUUCUCACAGGAAAUCUGUUUUCAUGUAAUACUUAUUUGUCAAACAAAUUUUUAACCAUGUGAUUUGAUUAUAGCCCUUGAUUCUUAUUGCUUUUACCUUGCUUGACAACUGAAGUGCUGUUGCAAAACCCAGAGAGCACUUAAAAACAGUUUCUUCGAACAAGAUACAAGAUACCCCCAUUUUUGUUGUCAUCUGUCCAGUUGCCAAUUGUCUUAUCAAAAUGACUGUGCCAACUACCAUGCCUAUAGUGUACAUCACAAAUUUCACUAGGGUGAAAAGAUGAAUAUUGUCUUCAAUACAGAGCAUAAACUAAUAUUUCUUGUAAAUGUUUAUCUCAAUUUAACUUUAGAAAGACCAUGGACACUACAUUAUAGCGAAAAGGAAUUUAGUACACCUUGGCACAUGACCACCGAACACAGGUCGCCAAAUCGGUGACUUUCGCUGCACGUUUAGUCCCCAAUUUUUUUCACUUGCCAUGGCAACCAAAAUGGUAGCAAGGAUGGAGUACCAUAUUUUCCUCAAUUUAGCGUUCUACGUAUGGCAACUAUGUAAAAAAUGACAAGAUUGUGGGAAAAAAUUAUAAGUUUAAUGAUUGCACAAUGUUUGCACAGUGAAUGAAUCACUUGCCACUCCAAUGUCGAAUAAUGCAUUAGACUCUGUCAAGUUUGGCGCUUUUGCCAUACCAAGUUACAAGUUACCAAAUUGAUUGAGAUGCUGUGCUUUUGCCAUAUUUAAUUUAUCACGUAGGUUAGGCACAUGAGUGGAGUGGCAUCUUUUUGUACACAUUUGUUAGGUGUAUCAUAAUCCCACAAACUUCCUUUAUCUUUUUCCUUCUUGCACAAUAGAUUACAGUUACAACUGUGUUAUAUAAAGCCAGUGUAUAUAUAAAGCCAAAUUUUUGGGAAUUAAUAUUAUUAUGCUUUUUGACAGCUGCAUUUCACUAAGUUAAAAAAAUUGUACUGAUGUUUAUUCUUCUUCUCUUUUUUUGUUAGGGAAAAUGGGAUGUCCCUCUUCCUAAAGUAAAAGCUGUAGGAGAAGAUGAGGUUUUCAAAGUUAUAAAAACUGGAAAGUCUAAAAGUAAAUUUCAACCCAUUUAUCAUGUUUAG